AUGGCUGAAGAAGAGAUGAGUUCCAGCUCAAGAAGAGUAUUGGCCGUAGCCCUCGAGAACGAAACGGCGGUCCUGUCAAAGCUGGUAAAAGACCUCACGGGAACAGCACCCGAAUCAUCAGACCCUACCCUCGGUCUCGCAGGCACGACACAUGCCCUCUCACUCAAAACACCAUACUACUCUACAACAGUCCCCAUCUGGCUCGACCUCAUCGGCUCACCAUCCGACUGGUCAGAAUCCUUUCUCUCAGAGGAAGCGGCCGAGGUUCUCGCCGUUCUUGGAGGUGUCAUUGUCGUAUUCACUGCAGGACCACCUGUUUCAGCCUCUACGGAGAACCACCCCGCAAAGGAUCUGGUAGAGCACGUCGGAAAGGUCCUGAAGAAGGGACUGGGCGGAUGGGAGUGGGACGGAGUCGGCUUGGCUGUUGGCAUCGGAGGUGACGGGCAUGAAGAGGAUUGGGAUGAGAUCUGUGCCGAGGCGGGACUGGAGUUUGUAUCCGUCGGGGGAAAAGCUGAUACUGGCCGUAACGAGUUUGGAGGAGUCGCGCGUGUAAAGGAAGCUCUCGAAGCAAACGACUGGUCACAGCUCGAUGCGCCCCUAUCAGGAUCUGAAUUCGGCGAUUUCGAGACCAGCACUGCUACCAAAGGAGACGACAACGACGACGAGCUUGAUCCUCAAAAGAUGGGUUUUGGAUUCGACAAGACAGAUUUCGAAGGUCUGAGACGGGCGAUAUGGGAGGCAAGCCAGGAUGUCGAGGAGCCUGAGGAGUCCAAAAAUGCAGACACGGCCGACAAGGGCGCAUCUGAAGCACCUGCCGCCGGAGGCCUGGAAGAUCUUGAUGAGGAAGAGAUUGCCAAGAUUGAGAAGAUGAUGAGAAAGUUACAAGCGGUGAGGGAGGCGGGGGAGGGUAUGGGAGAAGAACAGAGGAAAAGAAUGGCGGCUAGGGCUGUUGAGGAAGUCAUGAGAGAUCUAUAA